CGAGGGUAUAUCUACACGCUCUUGGUUCAUCUCCUGUGCCGUUUUCGGAGGGAGCGCUCGCUUUGGAAGCCGUUACGUUCGAACCUGCCAUUCAGUUAGCCUUUCCUUUUGGGUUUAGCGUGACAUUGGCCUCGAACAACGCCUCGUUCCAGCACCUAUGCUCAUCGAUAUCGCCGUGGAGCACCCCAGUAGAGGCUCACAUUUUGGCACUGAGCCCCGCCCCGCGUCCCGUCCCAGCUAUUGUUAAUGGGCGGGCGGACGAGUCCGUAGACUAA